CCAUUUUCCAUAUUUGCUUCCUGAUCUACCGACUUUGAAACGCGCUUUCAUGGAGUUCGGCAUCACAGUCCCGCGCUGGCGAAUGAAGACGAAAUGAAUCUUGAAGAUACUGCCUUCCUUCUACUCUGAAGCGAUAAGCCACUGAUCGUCUCUCUCCAAUUUCUGCCAUGGAAGUUCUUCGAAGAAGAAUUUCUCUCAACUUGAAUCUUCUGUUUCUCCUCUGCGUCUUAUUGGUUGUAUUUCACAUUGGUCCCAUUGGAGCGGAUGCAUCCAAUGCUUCUCUCGCUCAGAAUGAGAAGCCUUUGCAUCAAUGUGUCCAAUGUGGAAAUGGAGAGGAGCAACGAAUUGCAAAUAGAAUCAGCACCAAUGAAGAUGAUAAGGAUAUUGACAUAAUUGUAGCCUAUAGUGAUCCUUCUGGGGCUUUUCGCCUUGGAAGGGUCAAAUUGAAGGAUUUAUCUGCCUCCUGGGUAUGGGAAAAUUCUGUGGAUGGAAACCACCACCAGCCACUGAGUUCCCAGACAGACCCAUUAGUUUCCAGGAUGGAGAAUGAGGAGAAGGUGGAACGCUCUGUAGAUGGCCAACCUCCUGCAGAAGAUGAAGCUGAUUUUUCUCGUUUAUCAUCGAUGAAUCCAGUGAAGCUAAAACGGAGGGCAAUGCGAAUGGAGAGGAGGGCUCUACGAGCUGCGAAUUUGAUUAGAGAAGAUAAAGAGGUAGACGAUCAGAUGGCAGCUGCUGCUAUCGAACGGUCUAAAAGCUUUGACACUACAGUAAAGGGGAAGUACAGCAUUUGGAGGAGAGAUUUUGAAAACCCGAAAUCUGAUUCCACCUUGAAACUUAUGCGCGAUCAGAUCAUAAUGGCCAAAGCAUAUGCUAAUAUAGCUAAGUCAAAGAAUGAUACCAGACUUUACAAUACUCUACUGAAACACUGUAGAGAAAGUCAACUGGCCAUUGGGGAAGCAAAUUCUGAUGCUGGGCUUCAUCCAAGUGCACUAGAUCGAGCGAAAACCAUGGGUCAUGCUCUUGCGAUGGCCAAAGACGAACUAUAUGAUUGUCUGACUAUGUCGAGAAAGUUGAGAACCAUGCUACAGUCAACUGAGGAUAAUGUGAAUGCCCAGAAGAAAAAGAGUGCAUUCUUGACUCAGCUAGCAGCCAAAACAGUCCCUAAAUCCUUGCACUGUCUCCCUUUACAUCUUGCAGGAGACUAUUUCCUGAAGGGUUACCAUCUUAAUCACAAUAUCGACAGAGAAAAGACCGAGAAUCCUUCUCUGUAUCACUAUGCAAUUUUCUCAGACAACGUGUUAGCAACAUCGGUUGUCGUCAACUCUACUGUUCUGCAUGCAAAGGAACCCGAGAAACACGUCUUCCAUAUCGUCACAGAUAAGCUGAACUUUGCUGCUAUGAGAAUGUGGUUUCUUGUUAAUUCUCCUUCGAAAGCAACGAUCCAAGUUCAAAAUAUCGAUGAUUUCAAGUGGUUGAAUUCCUCUUAUUGCUCUGUUCUACGACAACUUGAAUCUGCAAGACUUAAAGAGUAUUACUUCAAGGCAAAUCAUCCUUCUUCCCUCUCUGUUGGUAUGGAUAAUCUCAAGUAUAGGAACCCCAAGUAUUUGUCCAUGCUGAAUCAUCUUCGAUUCUACCUUCCCGAAGUGUAUCCAAAGUUGGACAAGAUCCUAUUUUUAGACGACGAUAUUGUAGUUCAAAAGGAUUUAACGCCGUUGUGGUCCAUCGAUCUGAAAGGUAUGGUGAAUGGGGCAGUCGAGACCUGUAAAGAAAGCUUUCAUCGGUUCGAUAAAUAUCUCAACUUCUCAAAUCCAAAGAUCUCUGAGAAUUUUGAUCCAAAUGCUUGCGGUUGGGCGUUCGGCAUGAAUAUUUUCGACUUGAAGGAAUGGAGAAAACGAAACAUGACUGGAAUAUACCAUUAUUGGCAAGAUAUGAACGAGGACCGAACUCUGUGGAAGCUCGGGUCGCUUCCACCAGGUCUGAUCACAUUUUACAAUCUUACGUAUCCGCUAGACAGAGGAUGGCACGUGCUAGGUCUCGGAUACGACCCUGCGCUGAACCUCACAGAAAUAGAGAAUGCUGCUGUUAUCCAUUACAAUGGAAACUACAAGCCCUGGUUAGAUUUAGCUGUUUCCAAGUACAAGUCAUACUGGUCUAAGUAUGUGAUGCCUGGCAACCCUUAUCUCCAGCUUUGUAACAUCAGUGAAUAGCAAUAUAUUUUUUUUCCCCUUCUCCCACUCAAUUUUUUCAAUAGAAAGAAUACGAAAUAGAUCAGUUUUGGUGUUCAAGUUCUCAAGAAACGUCGUAUAAUGAUAUGAUCCUUUGAGGGUCUUUUAGUGUCAAAGUUUAGAGAGGUUAUUCAUUCAAUUAAUUUCUUUGUUUGUUUGUGUUGUCUA